UCUGAGAGCAGAAGCAGACCAUUCUUCUUCCUCUUCAUCCACCCACGCGGACUCAGUCAGAGCCAUGAGGAAGGCGGCCGCCAAGCCCAAGCCGAGGGCGAGGGGGAAGGCCAAGCCCAAGCCGAAGGCGAAGCCCAGCCCCGACUCUCUCUCCGCCGCCUCGUCCCCGUCCGACGCCAGCGACGGGUCCCCCUCCCCCUCUCCCGUCGCCCUCCCCUCCGCCUCCAAGCCCAAGCCCAGGGUCAGGGCGAGGCCGAGGGCCAAGCCCAAGCCGAAGCCCAGCCCCGACUCCCUCUCCGGCGCCUCCUCGCCGUCCGACGCCAGCGCCGGGUCCCCCUCCCCCUCCCCCGUCGUCGGAGUCCGCCGCGGCUUCCUCUCGCCCGCCUCGCUGGUGACGCCCAAGGCCAGAUCCCCCCUCUCCGCGCCGGCCUCCGUGUCCACCGUCGGCGACCUGAGGGGCCUCGCCGCCUCGGGCCUCGACUCGCUCAAGCGCCGCCUCGACGCGCUCCACGCCGACAACGCCCGUGACCUCGAGGCCUCCCACUCCCGGAUCUCCAAGCGCAUCAAGAUGCAGACGCAGAGCUGCGUGCAGAUGGCGGAGGAGGCGGAGAAGGAGCAUAAGAAGAUGAUCGACAACUACUCCCAGCAAGCCGACGAGAUCAAGGCAUCGUACAAGAAGUUGAUGACAGAGGUGCAGUCGUCUUCGUCUCGUGUGUGCAAGGUGACCCUCCCUGAGAUGGCAAAGUCUGUGGCCAGAGCUAUCGACGGCUUGCGCAGUCGCUACAACAUCCCAGCUACAACAGCUUAGCAUACAGUUUCUGCUACAUCUCUGACUUGGUACAUGCCCUUCUCCAGAUCAACCUGGCUGCUGAAUUCCUGGACUCAUGGCAGCAGAAAACUCGCGCAUUUGUCAAUAACUACUGUUACACUUCUUGCUACAGUCUCUUCGUCAGCUACGUCAAAACUCGUUACGUUCAGUCCAAUAUAUGGGGCUCGUAAGCUAUGUCAAAACUUCUGUUGGUACCUAGGGUUGGAUCAUGCUAUGAACAUUCUUUACACCUUGUAUUAUAUGAAUUGUCGUCAGUUGGUCGAUUAAUCCAUUGGAUAUCGGAAGUUUGCUGA